AUGGACGGGAGCCACUACGACAUCCUAGGCAUCGCAGUGGAUGCUGAGCCGUUGGAGGUUCGCCAAGCAUACCGCCAGCGGUUGCUUGAGGCACACCCUGACAAGCAGGGUGGUGUAGAUAAGGGGGCUGUGACUCGUAUACAGCAGGCGUAUCGUGUCCUCUCGGACCCUACACAGAGGUCCGCAUACGAUGGAGAACUAGCGGUCCAAAUAGCCGCAACAGGUGUGCAUGGGCGCGCAGAUGCGCUAGACGAACAUUCGCUUGAUGAUUUUGAGUAUAACGAGCAACAGGGCGUCUUCACGAUGGCUUGUCCCCGCUGCUCGAGUGCAGAAGGAUUUGAGCUGCCGGAGCAGGCUCUAGAGGAAAACGCCACUGCGCGCCCGGGAGGAGGUAUGCAGGUGAUUGUACAGUGCGCAGCGUGCUCGCUGUGGCUCAAGGUGGACUUUGAUAUAGUGUAUACUAGUGAAUAA